UCAUGGUAGGAACUAAUGUGCGUAGGAACACAAAGAGAAAGGGGGACUCAAAUCGAGAUGGAACAAUCUACCCGGAAGUUUGUCUCAUUUGCUGUACUUUAGAAUUGUUUACAUGGGCUUCCGCAACUAUUCACAUGUAUUUUACAACAGCGUCAAUUUUUGUAGAGAAUAAAUAAACACUAAAAUGUCUAACGUUAAAGAGUUUAUCGAGAAAGCGAGUCGUGUUUAUGAACGGUACACAGACUACGUAAGAAGAAACCCAGCUGCCGCAGCACAGCUGGAGAGCACAGUGCGGACUAUUUCCUAUCUGAUCGCUGGACGAUUUGCAGAUUCGAAUGAACUAUCUGAACUUGUGUAUUCUGCUUCCAACCUCCUGGUGCUGUUCAAUGACAGCAUUCUGCGCAAAGGGCUCAGGUGUGCCCUGACUGUGUCCAUCUCGCAGCAGAGAAUCCUCACCUGGCUCUCAGUCUUGGAAUAUGUGGAGGUGUUCCUGGAGAUCGGGACCCAGAAGGUGUGCGGUGAAGUUGGACGCUGGCUGGUCAUCGGACUCAUUCAAAUUUUUAAGGCAAUUAUGCGCCUUGUGCUUCUUUUGUGGUAUAAAUCCGGCAUCCAGACUUCACCUCCCAUCCUUCCCCUUGACAGAAGUGCGGAGGUUGGUGGUGAAGAUAAUGGUGAUGCAAAGCAGCAAGAUGACACCUGCUUUGUGGGCCAGAGGUCAGGACGUGUUCUCCGAUCACUGGGAAGUGACCGGCAGUGUGGAACAGCCAGUCGGAAGAAAAAUACGAGAACCCGGAGCUUGAAGGAGGAGAAGCUCCACAGCAAACCGACACCCCUGCUGCUCCAGGAGAACAUCGCUGAGACCGUGUACAUCAGUCGACCUCUUGUACAUUUACUGUGCCUCGGACUGUGUGGGAAACAGUCCUGGAAACCUUGGCUGGUGUCCGCAGCUCUUGAACUUUCCAGCUUCGCCGUGCUGCACGAGAGGAGGUUUGACAAUCGAUGGGAAAGAGAAGAGAUGAGGAGGAGAACCUUUCUUUUGCUCUACUACCUUGUUCGUUCUCCAUUUUAUGACAGAUAUUCAGAGCAAAAGAUAGUUUUCCUGCUCCGACUCCUGGCCAAUCACGUGCCAGGGAUAGGCCUUAUUGCACGGCCUCUCAUGGAUUACCUGCCCAGCUGGCAGAACAUAUACUUCUACAACUGGGGAUGAAACCCAGACGCCUGAACACACCGCCACAAAGUCUGUUUUCAAUCAAAUAUUUUGCCAUCCGUUUGUCUUUUCACUUUUAGCCCGGCGUCACAUCCAGCUGACGUUCUUCCAAAGCCCCCGUCAUGUGACAAAGUACGCAGGCGACGCAUGAAUGUGUCAGCGGCAAAGGACGAUGCUUCAUUUGUUUUGUAUUUCGGCCUUUCAAGACCGCAAGACAUCUCAAAAAUUCAUCUUACGCAAUUCUUAUUUCAUGGAGGAGAGACAGGUUUGUCCAUGUCGGGCAAACCUGCGAGACUGCAAGAGCAGGUUUUAUGGCUAGGUGUGCGUAUGAUGGAAAACCAUAAAUGUCCUUAUUAUUGACGUCAUUUUGAAGACCAGAAGAGGUCUCAUCCUUUCCGUCUGACGUUUGUAAGCAAAAUAGACAUUUUCAUGGGCAUAUCAAUUACACACUCGGAAGAAAAAGUGAAAAGUGGUGGUCUACGUCACCAGCAGCGUGCAGUCAGGAAUAAAAAAUAUAAAUAAAUAUGAAUAUUUGCCCAUUGGCGUGUACUAUAAAUGUAUUUUCUGUAUAGUUCUAAUUGUUUUCAACAUUUUCUUACUUAAAAAUUGCUGAAUUUGCACAUUUCCUGAUCAAAUUCAAAAACCAAAGUUGGCGUCAUGGCGUCUGCCACCUCACAUUUGUCAGCAUAUGGCCAAUAAUACAUUACAGAAGCAAUUAUUGUACAUCAUGACUACAACCUGUGUAAUAUUUUUCAUGUAAGGGUGAUAAGCUGAUAAUAAAAUACAAAGAAAUGUCAUACCAGUAGGCGCUUGCAGUACUGCCUUUAUCCUGAGGAGUGGGGGGCGUCCGUGAGCUGGAAGGU